AUGACUCCCUCUGCCAGCCUCCUGCUGCUGCUCCUGCUCGGCCUCUCGCAGGCACUUCCUCUCCAGGAGGAAGGAAACACAGAAGAAGAAGAAGAAGAAGAAGAAGUCACAGACACCGUCGACAUCACCACCAGGAUUCUGACCUCCAACAACAACACCGAUGAGCUCCUGCUGGAAGGAGACCUGAUGGUUCCCACAACCAGAAACGCCAUGACGUGCUGGUCUCAGAAGUGCCUGUGGAAGAAAGCCUCCAACAGGAUGGUGACGAUCCCCUUCACCGUGAGCAGUCAGUUCACCAGAUCGGAGAAUCAGAAGAUCAUCAACGCCCUGAAUUCCUUCCAGAGCAGAUCCUGCAUCCGCUUCGUGCCCCGUCAGAACCAGAACGACUACAUCAGCAUCGAGAACAGAGGCGGGUGUUUCUCCGCUAUGGGCAGGACGGGAGGCAAACAGGUGCUCUCUCUCAACAGGCAGGGCUGCAUCUACCACGGCGUCAUCCAGCACGAGACCCUCCACGCUCUGGGCUUCCAUCAUGAACAGACCAGGAGCGACCGCGACAGCUACGUCAGGAUCAACUGGCAAAACAUCAACCCGCAGAUGGCCUACAACUUCAAAAAGCAUUCCACCAACAACCUGAACACUCCCUACGACUACUCCUCCAUCAUGCACUAUGGAAGAACAGCCUUCUCCAUCCAGCAGGGAAGGGACUCCAUCACCCCCAUCCCCAACCCCAACGUCCAGAUCGGCCAGAGAACGGGAAUGUCCUCCUUGGAUGUCAGGAGGAUCAACGCGCUCUACAGCUGUUAA